AUGUCGGCAGACAUGACCUCGGAGCAGAUGCAGGCCAAGAUUACUGCGGCGCGAAGAGAAGCGGAAGGUCUCAAGGAUAGAAUCAAGAGGAAGAAGGAUGAUCUCGCCGAUACAAGCUUACGGCAAGUUGCGCAGAACAACACAGAACCUCUUCCACGCAUAGGAAUGAAGCCUCGAAGGAACCUCAAAGGUCAUCUGGCCAAGAUCUACGCUAUGCAUUGGUCCACGGACCGACGCCAUCUGGUUUCCGCGUCGCAAGAUGGCAAGCUUAUCAUUUGGGAUGCGUACACCACCAACAAAGUCCACGCCAUCCCCCUGCGAUCAUCGUGGGUCAUGACCUGCGCCUAUGCGCCGAGCGGCAACUUUGUCGCUUGCGGAGGUCUUGAUAACAUCUGCUCCAUCUACAAUCUCUCGACACGCGACGGGCCUACUCGUGUCGCAAGGGAACUCUCGGGGCAUUCUGGAUACUUGUCAUGCUGUCGGUUUGUAAAUGACCGCAAGAUCAUUACAUCGUCCGGAGACAUGACCUGCAUGAUGUGGGACAUUGAAACAGGCUCAAAAGUCACAGAGUUUGCAGAUCAUCUCGGUGAUGUGAUGAGCAUCAGCAUCAAUCCGACGAAUGCUAACGUCUUCGUGUCGGGUGCUUGUGAUGCGUUCGCGAAACUAUGGGAUGUCCGCACUGGCAAAGCCGUUCAGACGUUUGCAGGACACGAGUCUGAUAUCAACGCCAUUCAGUUCUUCCCUGACGGCAAUGCUUUCGGCACCGGAUCCGAUGAUGCUUCGUGUCGACUGUUUGAUAUCCGUGCCGAUCGCGAGCUCAUGUCCUAUCAGAACGAGCAAGUGCUUUGCGGCAUCACCUCAGUCGCUUUCUCAGUGUCUGGACGUCUACUCUUCGCCGGCUACGAUGACUUCGAAUGCAAAGUGUGGGACACUCUUCGCGGCGACAAGGUCGGCUCACUGAGUGGCCAUGAGAACCGUGUCAGCUGCCUAGGCGUUAGUAACGAUGGCAUAAGUCUGUGCACAGGUUCCUGGGACUCUCUGCUCAAGAUUUGGGCGUGGUAA